AUGCUGAAGGAGCAGGACCCGAUGAUCGAGCUGCUGCGCGAGUGGAUCAUGUCGCCCGUGGACGACGGCGCGGAGCUGCGCGUGUCGGUGCUCGAGGUCUUCCGCUUCAUGAGCGAGCUCAUCGCCGAGCACGUCGAGAGCCCGCAGCGCAGCCGCCUGCUCAAGUUCCUGCCCAAGCUCAAGAAGAUCUUCCUGCCGCUGGACCUCACGCGCGCCGCGCUCGAGUACGACGCGCGCACGCACUUCCUGGCGCGCAAGCGCGUGCCGCCCACGUUCAAGGAGGUGCGCCACAUUUUGAACCUGGCCACGACCAACGCCAUCGCCGGCAAGCUCAAGCUCGUGACGUUCGACGCCGACGACACCAUCUACGAGGACGGCGGCAGCAUCAGCAAGGCGUCCAGGAUGGUGCGGAUCAUCGUCGAGCUGCUGCGCCGGGGCGUCGUCGUGUCCCUCGUGACGGCCGCCGGGUACCCGGGCAACCCGGGGCGCUACGAGCAGCGGCUGCGCGGCAUCCUGGACGCGCUCGAGCAGCUCACGAUGGAGGAGCGUGCGCGCUUCCUGGUCAUGGGCGGAGAGUGCAACUACCUCUUCGAGACGUACACGGACAAGGUCUCGGGCGUCGUGGGGCUGCGCGAGAUCGACGGCGCCGUCUGGAAGGACGGACGCGGCGAGCGCUGGCCCGAGCACGAGGUCACGGCGCUGCUGGACGCGGCCGAGAAGGUGCUGGAGGAGACGGUCAAGACGCUGCACCUGUCGGCCAAGAUCCUGCGCAAGGAGCGCGCCAUCGGCAUCAUCAACACGUCGGACAAGCGCAUUCUGUACGAGAACCUCGAGGAGAUCAGCCUCACGCUGCAGCACGAGCUGCGGCACUUCAGCGUGCCCUUCUGCGCGUUCAACGGAGGCAACGACGUGUGGGUGGACAUUGGCCACAAGGCGCUGGGCAUCCAGGCGCUGCAGAAGUACGUCUUCCGGUUCCUGCCCAAGGAGCUGCGCGACAGCGAGGAGCUGCGCAACAUCCAGGGCCAGGAGUGUCUCCACGUGGGCGACCGCUUCACUAGGACAGGCAACGACACGCGCUCGCGAGACGCGGCCACGACGAUCUGGAUCUCGAACCCGCAGGAGACCGUCCACAUCAUGACGACGUUGCUGCAGACGAUCGACCGCGUGCAGGAGCAGAAGAAGGAGCGCAGAGAGGAGAGGGAGAAGGAGAAGAAGGAGAAGAAAGCCAAGGCCAAGGCGUUGGCUGCGACCACAGCUCCCAGCGACGACGGCAGCGACAUCACGGCUGACACUUCCGACACGAACGCAUCAUCUAGUGACGGGGAGAGCAGCGGCAGCGGUGACGAGCGCGAGACGACGGUCAAAGCUGCCAUCCAGGCCGCUACAACGGCCACGCUGGCCGAGUAA